UAAAAGAAGAACCUGUCGAUAUUGUUGAGACUUUGACAUUGCAGUUGUUAAUAAGUCGUCGAUAAACUUAAGUACUGUUAACCCUUAGUGUAGGAGGACUAAUACGUACAUUUGUAUGUGCAUGUACAAAUAUCUGAGUUUGAGUUUUUCUUUUAGUUGGAGUUUUGAGCGAAAUGAAUUGAACUCCAUUGCCGUGGAAGCCAAGAAUCUGCGGCUCUCUGCGUCUCUCUGUCUACAUUCUAAAACCGCUUUCUUUUUCUCUCAGAGAUUCUCUUGCUUGCUUUCUCUCUCGGCCCUUUAAUUUUGACGAUGCCUGGUGCCUUGUUCUCCUCCCUCUUUUCUUUCGAGCCGUCCGUCGCGUAAUCUCUCUCUCUCUCUCUCUCUCUCUGUGACCGUCCCUUUCAAGGUUCUUUGUGAUUCCGGCGAAGCCCUCGUUCUAUAUAUAAGGAGCUUAAUCUUCAAUGGUUGCUUCAGGUGUCAACCAGCUUUCUCACCCUCGUAUUUCUGGGGAGUUUGUUUCUUCAUACGUAGAGAGGAAGUCACGCUUUAUGAAAUGGCUCAGUAAACUUUUCAGGAGUAGGCCUAGUCGUGGAGAAGCCGCUGCUGGUAGUAACCGGAAUCCGCAGCUUAUUGGUGACGAAAACAUGCUUUCGCGGGCGCUACCUCGAUCAUUGGAUGACCGCUCUAGAGCGCAGAAGGAGAAAGAGGAGUUAGACCAUGCAAUUGCACUGUCUCUGGCCGAAGAUUUGAAAAAACCAAGCAGUAAGUUUCCAUUCUUCAAGAUCCGACCUCCGAAUACUACACUAUGUGAGCGCCGUGUGUUUUCACAAUGUCAUUAUUCAGGCAUAUUUUCGCAAUAUUCAGGAUAUAGAUGGCAGACAGAAAAGGAUGAAGAGCUUGCUAGGUCGCUUCAGGAAGGUCCGAUUCCACCUUUCUAUCGUCCAAAUGCCUCAGCCCCUCCACCGUAUUAUCCCUAUGGACAACAAAGAAUAUGUGGCGGUUGUAAACACGAGAUACAGUUUGGCAACUACCUGGGGUGCAUGGGGAUCUUUUUUCAUCCCCAGUGCUUCUGUUGCCGUUCUUGUGGCCACCCGAUUGUUGAGAAUGAGUUUUCUUUGUCGGGGAGGGAUCCGUAUCACAAGUCCUGCUUUAAAGAGCUGUCUCAUCCCAAGUGUGAAGUUUGCCAUCAAUUUAUUCCAACGAAUCGAGCUGGUUUGAUCGAGUACAGAUGUCAUCCUUUUUGGUCACAGAAGUACUGUCCAGCACAUGAACAUGAUAACACAGCUCGUUGCUGCAGUUGCGAACGCUUAGAGUCUUGGGAUGCAAGGUACGUUUCACUGGGGGACGGGCGGAGUCUAUGCUACGAGUGCAUGGAAUCUGCUAUCAUGGACACCGGUGACUGUCAGCCAUUGUAUCAUGCCAUACGAGACUAUUACGAAGGGAUGUACAUGAAAUUGGAGCAGGAAAUACCCAUGCUUCUGGUCGAAAGACAAGCACUUAACGAAGCUAUUGUAGGCGAAAGGAGUGGCCUCCAUCACAUGCCCGAGACGAGGGGUUUAUGCCUUUCGGAAGAGCAGACUGUCACCAGUAUCCUCAGAAGGCCGAGAAUCGGAGGGUAUCAAUUUAUCGGAAUGAGAACCCAACCUCAGAAAUUGAAACGAAGUUGCGAAGUUACUGCCAUUCUUGUUCUCUAUGGUCUCCCAAGGUUACUAACUGGUGCCAUUCUUGCCCAUGAGUUGAUGCACGGCUGGUUACGCCUCAAUGGCUACCGGAAUCUUAAUCCUGAGGUAGAGGAAGGCAUCUGCCAGGUGCUUUCAUACAUGUGGCUUGAGUCAGAAGUAAUGCCGAGAUUCCAAAGCAUGCCAUCUUCAUCUACAUUUUCACCUGCAGCUUCCUCUUCCUCUUUCACGUUUUCCUCGAAAAAAGGUGGAAAAUCGGAAGUUGAACACAAACUAGGGGAGUUUUUCAAGCACCAAAUCUCCCACGAUUCUUCACCUGCAUACGGAGGAGGGUUUCGAGCAGCCAAUGCAGCUGUGAAUAAAUAUGGUUUGCGUCGCACAUUGGAUCACAUUCACCACACCGGAAACUUCCCUGUGUAACGAGGAAAAAAUAAUGUUGCUAUUUCUCUGUUCUCUCUGCUCUAUACGGCCAUUGAAGUCUGAAGAUAUUAUUUUGCUCAACCCUAACAACGGAUUGAGCUCAUCACAGAAGCUCUAGGGCGCUGGGAGUGGAUACAAGCUCGAAUUGUCACUCUUCCAAUCAAUAAUAUUAAUAAUAAAUAUCCAUGUAUUUUUAUUUUAUUUGAGAUUGGGCUGGUUUGGUAUUGCUGUACUUUGAAAAAAAAAACUGCUUCUGUUGUGCUGUGAGAAGAAGCUCAUUUUGCUACUUUACGUUUUCAGCUUUUUUUCACCUAAAACUGUGAAAAUAGGCUGUUUUUAAGUGUUCACCAAACACCUUUUUGAGCUUAGCUUUUUCUUAUACCCACUUCUUAUAAAAGCACCUCAGUACCAAACCAGUACUAAGUGAUUCUUAUGUUCUUAUAAAUUUUAAUGGAGUUUGUGUUAUGGAUUC